CUUAAAGUCGAAAUUGAGAGGAGAGAGAAAUGGAUAGGAUGUUUUCAGUGGACGAUAUUGCGGGCCACUUUUGGUCGCCAUCGCCGGCCGCCGGGGCCGCCGAUGAGGAUGAAUCAUCAUCUUCCUCAUCUGCAUCUAAGAGCAAGUCAACGCCGGCGAUGAUGAAUCGGAGUAUGUCUGAGUGGCAAUUUCAACGCUUUCUCCAAGAGGCAUCGGCACCACCGGAAUCUUCAUCUUGUAGACCAAACGAAGUUGUCGAGAUCAAGGAUCAAGACGAGGUUCGAGACAAAAAUCAGGCUGUUGCCAUCACCACUGCUACUUUGAAGAACAACGAAAGCGGCAGAACAACUGGCAGUGCCACUGGUGGUGGUGGUGCAGCUGCGACGACUUCGUUUGGUGCUUCCUUAGCCGGCGGACCUCCUAAUGUUCCUAUUGAUUCGGAGGAGUACCAGGCUUACCUCAAAAGUCGUCUUAAUCUCGCUUGUGCAGCUGUUGCUUUGACUAGGGCAUCUUCUGCAAAAGCUCAAGAUUUUGCUGGUUUAACUGACAAUGGAUCACAAGCCUCCAACACCUCACAAUUGGGAUACCAAGUGCCUUCUAAAGUGUCAGGGUUUGAUCCCAAGGGACCAAGUAAGGAAAGUGGUGGGCCUAUCGGGAUCCCUUCUUUGCCCAUUAUACAAAAGAAGGCGGUUGCAGUUCCAGUGAAAUCAGCAACAAGUGGAUCAUCAAGAGAAUUAUCAGAUGAUGAUGAACUUGAUGGAGAUACAGAAACAACUCAAAAUAUGGACCCCACAGAUGCAAAACGUGUCAGAAGAAUGCUAUCAAACAGAGAAUCUGCUAGACGAUCAAGGAGGAGAAAGCAGGCCCAUUUGACUGAGCUUGAGACACAGGUUUCUCAAUUAAGGGGAGAAAAUUCUUCAUUACUGAAGCGUCUCACAGACAUAAGCCAAAAAUACAAUGAAGCAGCUGUUGAUAAUAGAGUGCUGAAAGCUGAUGUUGAAACAAUGAGAGCGAAGGUGAAAAUGGCUGAAGAAAGUGUGAAAAGAAUUACUGGAUUUAACCCAAUGGUUCAAACCAUGUCGGAUAUAUCAACAAUGGGUCCCAUGCCAUCCUAUUCUUGUAGCCCAUCCGAUGCACCCUCGGAUGCUUCCAUUCCCAUACAAGAUGACAUGAAACAACAACACUUUUACUCCGGCCAACCACCUCCUGCCACCAACCCCCACCACCCUACUCCCGCCACCAACCACCACACACGACUGCCUAGGCUCGAUUGGGGAGCCUGA